CGGUGCGAGCGAGUCGGGCUCAUUUUGGUGAGCGCAGAUUUGGUACACGGGAUGAAUAUCGUGUGUGGCUGAAGUUCUGUUGUUCGGUGUGUUUGGCUGUUUCUUAGUGAUUGACACUUGUAGCGGUUCAAUAAAAAACGUCUAUAAAUGGGUGGUCCGCUAGGCCAAUUUGUCAGCAGCGAAUGGAUUGGUGUGGAUGAUUUGCGUGCGCUCGACCAGGGGGCGUGGCCUAUUAAUUAGCCUACGUUGUACGUAUUUACAUAGGUCACUUCGCUCCACAGCCUGGCGCAUAUAAUCCUCACCCCUGCACUAGUGAGGGAUGACAGUUUGAAUACACACGCACACGCGUACGGUACACGGAUUCGAGUAUCUUGCGCCACUGAGAGACACAGACAGACCGGGACAGAGAGUGAGAGAGGAUAUCCCAACGAGUCGAGGGAAACCCAUGGCAAACAGCGCCAUGAUCUCGCCCAAGUCGGCCUACCAUCCAGCUACCUCUCCCUCGCUCCAGAACAUGAAUUCCAUGGGAGCGAUGGGACCCAUGAGCACCAUGAGUAACUCCAUGAGUCCCAUGAAUACCAUGAGUCACCAGAUGAACUCCUACACCAACGGGAUGUCAGCGGCGGCCGCGGCUGGGGGCAUGGGCUCAAUGUCCACCAUGUCCACCAUGAGUAUGAACGGCGGUAUGGGGAGCAUGCCGACUAACCUGAACUCCAUGAGCGGCAUGAACUCCAUGACGGCGGCCGGGAUGACCGGCUUCAACGGCAUGAACGGCAUGGGAACGAUGAACAGUAUGAACGGUAUGAACAACUCGGCGGCGAUGAGCAUGAGACUGGCGGCCCAGGCACAGGCGCAAGCCGACACGCUGAACCGUGUCCGCGCUGAGAAGACCUACCGUCGGUCCUACACCCAUGCCAAGCCUCCCUACUCGUACAUCUCCCUCAUCACCAUGGGCAUCCAACAGUCACCGCAGAAGAUGGUGACUCUGAGCGACAUCUACCAGUUUAUCAUGGACCUUUUCCCCUUCUACCGUCAAAACCAGCAGCGAUGGCAGAACUCGAUCCGUCACAGUUUGUCCUUCAACGACUGCUUCGUCAAGGUGCCGCGCACCCCCGACCGGCCGGGGAAGGGCAGCUUCUGGACCCUCCAUCCCGACGCUGGAAACAUGUUCGAGAACGGCUGCUACCUCCGGCGACAGAAACGAUUCAAGUGUCCCAAGCGGGAGUCGCUGAGGAAGGAGCAGAAGGACAACCUGAGACAAGGUGAAGACCAGGACGAUGACGACGACGAGCACAGAGAAAACGGUCGAGAUGGCGUGACGGUGUCCAACGCCUCAACGCCGGUCAGCAAUGACACAACCGACGUGUCACACACUCACAACGCGCUGCAAUCUCACCACCAGAUGGCCUCACCACCCCAACAACAUCAUCACCACCAAGAGCAACACCAUCACCAACAGCAACAACACCAUCAUCACCCAGGCCACCACCCCGACUUGCACAAGAUGGAGCCCCCCUCCCUGUCACCUCCCCCAGCCAGCAUGGCCAGUGCCGGUAUCCCAACCCGCCCUAUCGCACAUCCUGCAGCCUCAAUGACAUCCAUGACAGCCAUGCCAGGUACCUACCCAGCUGCCAUGUUUGGCCCAGGGGGCCAACAUCCCUCCUUCACCCACCCUUUCUCCAUAAACAGUAUCAUUUCAUCGGAACACAAACUGGACAUGAAGGGGUAUGAGGCUAUGGCGUACGCACCCUAUAACUCAAUGCCUAGCAUGACCAGCCCCAUGGCCAAACCAUCUAUGGACUACACAAUACCUGCCACCAGUGGGGAGGCAACAUAUAGCCAGCUAGCCACAGCGAACCACAACAUGUAAACAACAGUGUGCAAGGAAAACUGAACAAACUGGUACGUUCAAAUCAUACGUUCAUUCUGUCUUACCUGUUGAACGACAGAAAAAAACUCAAAUAUUCGGACAUUCCUUUGUAUGUUUUACAAUAGUAUGGCGGACGAUCACGUGACCAUUAAUUGUGACGUUGUUUUACUUGAACUAACGACUUAUACAUGUAAUAUGUUGAUGUCAUGGAAAAUCAAGUGUUGUUAAGUAAUCUAAAACUGUGAUUUGGAAUUUUCCUCCAUAUUGAUUGUGAAUGAAUACCAAAAUCUUAGUGUACACACAUUACGUGCGGCGCCAAUGUGUGCAAACGUUUACUCAAGGCAGAUAUGAUUCGUUGAUAUUUAUUUAUUUGAUAUUGUUAUAUUUUACUAGUGGCUUAGAGUUUUGUCAAUAUAUUUUAGAUAGGGUUAGUGUACAAAUCACAAGACCAAGGAUCACCAUGAAUGACUGAGUAUUCUGAUUUCUUCAAACAGUCGAUUGUGAGAGGUCGAGUCAAUUUACAUUGUUGCCACUAUGUUAUUAUUUGCUUCUCUUAUUAUUUGCCGAAGCAGGUUCUUGUUGAUAUAGUAACAUGCGUGAUUGAGAAAAAAAUGACGAAGUUCAAAAGUGUUGCCAAAAACACACACAAUGUCCUCUUACUUGCAAUCCAUGACAAUCAUUAAAUGAAUGCAAGAGACAAUGCAACCAUUCAGCUGAUUCGGCAAAUAGGGCGACUCGUUUUGCUGUUCAAUGCUAUCUUGUAUGAAAAUAAAAAAAGACUGCAAUUCUAACAAAUAUGGAUGAAAUAGCAAAUCAAUACAAUUUCUUUCUUAAAAAAAGUUUUUCGUGAAUUAUGUAGAUUUGGCAUUUACAACUCUGCGAAGGAACGUGCUGUCGUUAAAUAGAUGAAUUGCGUCAAUAGUUUAAGGGCUUUCUUCAAAAAUGAAUUCGAUUUGAAAGAAAAAUUUGUGAAGAAAAUUAACUUUCAGGUUCAGAAAUUUUUAAUUUUGAGAGCAGGAGGAAUUGUAAAUUUGGAAAAAAAAUUGAUGUGAUUUUAAAACCCUUGAUACAUGUGUAUUUGUUUGGAAUGUGCCUCUCGGCUGAUCCCGGGUAAUUUGUUCACCCAGAAGGAAUAGGCCUGCAGUUUUGCAAAUCUUGAUAUUUUAUUGUGUAUAUUGCUGCAAUAGUUAGCAGGUGGUGAGAUGACCUCACUGUGUUUUAAGGUAUACCUUGAUUUUAUUAUAUAGGGUCCUGUCGCCGAUAUUAUGUUGUUGUAUUUCUUAUUUUCUUAUUUUGUUUUACAAAAAUCUUUAUUUGUGAUGGAAAAUUUCAGUGAUUGAAGUGCCAAAUAAUUAAUCAGUUUGAAUCACUUGUAAAAUACAACGGUGAUUAUGUGAAAAAAAAUCGUUUUACUGAUGAUAAAUAUUUGCGAUAUUCCUAGUAGUUUACAUAGGCUUAGAGACUGUUUUGGGUGAAGACCUUGUUUGUUUAAUACACCUCUAUCUUUCAUACACUUUUUGCUCGUAAUAGCUACGUAAUUUUUGCCGGUUUUGUUUUUAGCCAAACCGUGUUUGUGAUACUGAAAAGAAACAAUCAUUUACAGGUAUAAUACACACGCAGAUUGUCUGUGUUUAAGCACGGCUGGCUGAUCAUAUUUGAAGGAAACACCGGCCAAAGUUUACCAUGCUAGUUUGCACUUCGUCAUCAAAGACGCCUCGGGCACUUUAGCGGAGAGUCUUUUCGAUCGCUCAUAUGACAAUCAAAACUAAAGCUAUUCUGCGGCAUUUUUUUUUUAUGGACUCAUCUUUUUUUUGUAUACAUAAUGUUUAUUGUAUAAAGGAAAUAAGUGAAUGCUAGGGAAUAUCAAAUCCUACCGUUUUCUCUCUAAAUCUUCAAACUUUUAGGAAUCUCUCAGAUGGAAAAGUUUCCAUUUCUGUUCGCUGAAUAAAUUCGUUUCCACAAGUGAACCUUU